AUGUCGCUGAAGCCUAGGUCGUUGACUGCGAAGAAGAGGAGGCCCAGCCAGAACCACGGUGAGCUUAUGGCUCUCGGGAUCGGUAACCCGCUGGAUGUGGUGCGCAAGUACCUGGGGCUGGGGGUCUCGGAUAUGGACCUGAAUGACGGGCGGUACGUGUCGAAGAAGAAGCGCAACCGGUACACGGUGAUGCCCAUGCUUGUGUUUUUCGUGGUCGUGAUGUACCUGCUGGUGUCCACGUUCAUGCCCAAUGGUAUGCGGGCGCCCGUGACGUACCCGCCGGAGCACGGUGCCUACCAGAACGAGGUUAUUUCUUCCAGCCCGCUGAUCUUCCCGCAUGUGGAGCACGCCCCUGUGCUGAAGGAGAUCGGGAUCAGAGGCCUGUUCAUACUGCGGAUGGAGAUGGACGGCACUAAGAGGUUCGUAAUCAAGCCGGAGGACAAGCCGUUCUCCGACGAGGAGAAGAAGAAGACCACCGACCAAGUGCUGCUGGUCAAGAAGUCCUUCCUGGACCACGGAAAGCUUAUAUUCCCAAAGAAAAACGAGAGCCCCGAGUUCGUGGUCGUGACUCUGGUGGAUUUCGACAACUUCGACAGGGACACAAUAGUCAAGAUUGUGCAGAACAGAGUGGACUACGCCCAGAGACACAAGUACGGUAUAUACGUCCGCUGGGCACAAGAGUUCGUCACAGAGAUGUCGAUCCAGGAAGUCGCCCCAAGCUACCAAUUAAUGAAGGCCUCUAUCAUGAGAGCAGCAAUUCACGCCUUCCCAUACGCAAAAUACUUUUUAUUCCUAGACCAGACAUCGCUGAUCAUGAACUCAGAAAUUCCUCUACAGAAACUAAUUCUGCAUCAACCUACUGUGGAGGCCAACAAACAGGUAUUGCCGAUCCUACAACACUACAACGGCAGAAACGUCCCUGCCAAACUGGCUCAACAACCAGAUCUGGUAUUCCCACAACACGAUAAUGGUGUACUAGAUCUUUCUGCAUUCAUCGUCGCCAACAGCUUGCACGGCAAAAUGUUCUUAGACUACUUAAACGACCCAUUGGUCAGAGAUUACCAUUGGGAUGACAUCUACACACAGUACGGCCAUGUCCUAAACUGGCACCCAGAAUUGCUGGACCGCACAUUACUGGUAAAACGGAAAACAUUGGCCAGCCCCGUUGAGGACCCAACAAACUUGAACAUCAAGGACAACAAGAUCGACGGUGGUGACUCCGGUUACUCCACUGGCGACUUCAUCGCAUCCCUAGCUAAGUGUAAGGAAAGAAUUUCUUGCACAAGUGACCUGGAUGUAAUGUACAAGUUUUCGCAUAUGGGAUAG